AUGCUGGCAUCGCGAAAUGCCAUUACGCGCCAGACCACGAAUCAAGCGUAUGUUUGUCUCAGCUGCAGACUCCGAUCCCACAAACGGCAGAGACACGAUGGCGGCGAGCCGGCAAGAGGGCAGACCACGGGCGAGACGGCAGAGCAGCGUGCAGGCUCGUCAGCGCCGGACAGUAGCAAGGGUAGAAGACGCAACGAUAUGAGAGUAGUAUUCAGGUCAUCGGAGCCUCGCGACGGAAAGAAAGGGCACAUUACAGAAUGUCCUCAAUUUUCUCAAUUGUUCCCAAGGGGAACCGGAACCGGAACCUAUCCGCCAACCGUACACAGCGAGUUUGAAGAUACCGCUUUCCCUGACGACGCAUGGACGGGUAUCUUGAACAACGCCAUCGACGGGCAUCUCCAGAAGGCUGCCGAGGCCAAGGAUUUCGAGGCCGAAGACACAAUGAGGGUGCGGGACAACCGACCUGAGGGACCGACAACGGCGGAACAGUUGUUUUCAUACAGGCCAUUCUCGAGUGAUGAUUGGCUAAAUGAAAUCGAUCAAGGCAACCUUCGGCAAAGGCACAGUGUGAAGCCUUCAGGCACCAAUCAACGUUGCCCGGAUUCUCUGAGUUCUCCUGCGGACUCUCCGGCCACGAGUAAGUCUGGAAUCCCCGAAGAGCACACGUUGAGCACGAGGCAUCCCACAGUCGAAUACUACGACUGGCUCACGCCCAGAAAAUACCAAUCCCUCACAGUCAGGAAGUUCGAAUCCUUGGGAACUAUACCAGAAUAUAGGGCGACGUAUGAGUUGGACCCCUCUACAGACCAUCCGCUAUCUUUCCGGAAAGUCGUAGUAGACCAACGGAGCGCCGCGGAGUCUCGAUCAGGAAGUGCCGAUACGGGUGAGCAGGAGGCGAGAAGCGUAGAAGGGCCAGGAAGCUGGUCUUCGGGUAAACCUGAGCCUCUCAUAGAACCCGAACAGAAAUGGCCGACAGGAGUGCAGCCAGGAAAUGCGACCAUGGAUGAUCUCGAUGCUGCGACAAAGCAGAGACUGGUCUCACGCGAGUCGGGCUCGUCGGCUCAAGGCCAUCACCAGCUGAGUACGUCGUUGGCGAGAAGCCCUUCAAAGUCGCGGUCUCCUUCUCCGUAUUCUGAGGGAUAUUUGUGGCAGAGGAGGGCAGCUUCCGGCACCUCCCGGACAGGUACGCCCCACAAUCAUGGAUUCAGUAGUACUCAAGCUCGAAUGUUCCACGCUCGUUCAGGUUAUGCACAGCAUGCAGUGGCAGUUGCCGAGCCCGACCCGGACAUACCGCCCCCCGUCUCCCACACGCCUGAUGGAGCAUCUGGCGGAAUUCGUGCUCACCUCCGUCAGUGGCAAGAAUUGCACGGACGUGAGGAUCCUAUCGUUGAAUUCUCUCAAGACAGCGAUGAAGUCGAUUGGGACGCGCCUGUCAAUAACCUCACUCGCUUACCCGACGAAAAUAUGCUUCGCAAACACGAAAGAGAGGAGGAAGAAAAGGCGGCAUGGGAACGUUUCACAGACUCCGGAAAAGAAGGGUUCGACGGAUCGGUGGUUGAUGAUGCCCGCUUCUUGAAGAUGGGCGAUCUCGUGGAGCUGGAGAAUCCCAAAAGCGAACGCGAAAGCGUUUUGGCCGUUUACGUGCAGAAAAUGCAAAACGGAGAGCACCAAUCCUACACCAUACAUGGACGCUGGGUCCACCAUGGGCAGAAUUUCGUACAGUACUGUAUCCCUGGUUGGGUCAGUCCCAAGCUUGUCGAGCCUCUAAGGAAAUACCUGCCUAGUCCUGACGAACCAGAUUUGCAAGCCGUACAGGACCGAGCUCUAGUAGAGGACAUGUCCGUUCCUCGAGACGUCGCUGCGCCUCUAGUCAGCCGACUGGUUCAAUUUUAUAACGAGAGUCAGGACAUCUAUCGUCGACAUGCUUCGACUCUAGACGAUGCCCACAAUAUUCUUGCGCAUGAAACUGACCUUCGCUAUGGUUCGCUGGUGUUUGCGGCGUCGACACUGCUGAAGAUUCCAAGCGACAAGGUUCCGCUUACCGCUCUUUAUACCGUCCGCAAAGCGCUGAGCAAUGGUGGUUUUGCAUUCAACAUUGAUCGACGUUCACAUCGUUUGACGGGCUACAUGCAGAUCCGGAGCAAAGAUCAAGUUAGGAUGGUUGAGCACGUGCGCAACUGGUUGCGGCAAUGGCAAGAUGACCUUGCUAAAACUGCUGGAAUGACCGCGAAGCAGUUGAGAAGCCAUCGACCAACGGAGGGAGCAAAUCGUGUACACGAGUUCAUUCGAAAAGCCCGGAGCAUUGUCACAGAGAAUCGCAAGGACCGGCAGCUGACGAAUCUCGGCAAUGUCAGCCCGAGCAAGGUCCGCUUGCCCAUUACGCCCCACAAUGACAGUGUUAGGUACACGCUUGACACUCAGUUCACUGAAGAUGAAAGUGAAAUUCUGCGAUUCAUUGAGGGCUGGUGUUGCAGCUCCAUGUUCGUUGGCCUUCCGCGCUUGGAGAGUCUGCCGCCUUUGCUGCUCCAAGGCACAGGCCUAUACGAUGACAUGGACGCUGUAGGGCCCACAAUUGGGUUCAUUUUUCUUCAAGAAAUCGGUACGAUCAUGCCAUAUGAGAACCGAAUCCGCUUUGACCAGCACCUACUCUUGCCUAGCUCACAGCAUAGCAAACCACUGCAGAAAUUGAUGUUCAAUCUGCUGAAAAUGCGAGACAAUCAUGACUUCUCGGAUACCAUGGCUGGCCUCCGGCAUGAUUGGAAAGACAUGCCCGUCUACUGCAUAGACGAUGCUGGAGCGCAGGAGAUAGAUGACGGCAUCUCAAUUGAGCCUGCCGGUGUUGAUUCCGAUGGCAGAGAGCAACACUGGGUACACGUUCACGUCGCGAAUCCAACCGCGUUCUUCUCGCGCGAUCAUCCACUUGCCAAAAUGGCUCGACACAUGGGAGAGACGAUCUACAUGCCGGAGCGAACAUAUAUGAUGCUGCCAAGAUGGGCCUCGCACGAACACUUCUCCCUCGCCAAUAAUAGACCGUGUUUAACAAUUUCUGCCAAAUUGACUGCGGAAGGUGAGCUUAUAGAGCACAAGAUCACACCCGGUAUCAUCAGAAACACCAUUCGGCUGGUUCCCAGCGAGGUGGAGCAGCUGGUCGGUGCAGACACAUCCAACCGCGCUCCACAGCGGGUGUACACGGUAGGAGGGACUCCGCCUCCUCUCGGUAACAGGACAUCUUCACUUCAAAGUAUGGAAAAGCAAAACGUCGAAGAUCUAAAGAGGCUGUUGGACCUGGGAAACAAAAGAGCUACAAUGAGACAGGCGGCGGGAGGUUUCCAUUUGAACUCUGGAGCGGCCAAAGUUGGCGUUUGGCAGAGCUGGAAUUUCCCUGGACUUGCUUGGGAUAAUCCCUACCGCAAGGGAUCUCGUAAAGUCGAAGGUGACCCGAUCAUUUCAAUCACAACCUCAGGCCUGCAGAACUGGUUUGAUAAUAGCACAACUUCUCCCGGGAGCCUCAUGGUUCGUGAAGCCAUGAUACUUGCCUCUGAGACCGCCGCAACCUGGUGUGCUGAGCGGCGCAUACCGAUUCUCUACAGAGGAACUAUUCAAGAUCCCGGCGAGCACCGCACGCCCGAAGCGUUCUGGGCGGAGUCCAUGGCUCCCUCAAAGCGGGAGGACGGAAGUUAUCCGAUGCAUCUCGGUGUGCAAUACCUACAGCUUCUGGGGCGCACUGCCUUGCGUACCGAUCCCAUUGGGCACAGACCGAUGGGUCUCAAGUGCUACAGCAAAGCCACCUCGCCCCUCCGUCGAUACGGUGACAUGAUUCUGCACUGGCAAAUCGAAGCGGCGCUCCGAGAAGAAGCGGAGACAGGCAAGAGUCUCAUCGCCUCUGCACACGAAAAGGUCAAUCGAUCCUUUCUUCCCUUUUCCGCCCCAGUGCUCGAUACCAUCAUUCUCGGCCUGCAGCCGCGCGAGCUCAUCAUCCAGCGCGCCAAACAGUACUCCGAACAAUUCUGGACGGCAAUGUUCUUCUUCCGGAAACAUCAUUACCACGAAGACGGAGUGCUGCCUUUUGGAACCGAAGAGAAUCCCAUGCACGUCAUCAUCUAUUCUCCGGGUGCUAUAGGUCAAGUUCGUGUGGCAGGUAUCAAUCUGGAGAUGAAUUGUAGUGUUACUUUGACGAGGCCGGAUUUGGUGGGAUUCAAGGAGCCUGUCAUGGCGGGUGACGUGUGGGCAGUCGCGAUUGAUAAGGUGGAAAUGUACCACAGGAUGAUUCUAUGUCGGCCUCUGAGGCUGGUCGGAAGAGCGGGUGCUGGAAUUCUGUGA